AUGCCUACCCCGACCGAGACGGUCACCGUCUCGGGUGUCCAUGGCGAUGUAACGACCAUUUUCAAUGGCGGCCAGACGCCGGAGCCCUCAUUUGCGAUGACAACCCCGUUCUCGAUGCCGCGAGACUGCCUCGACUUUGACGGAGCGGCGAUGGAGGUGUUUCGUAACGAUCAGAAUGGUCAGGAUACCACCCACUUGACGCAGAACCUGGAUGAGAUUACACGUCCCGAAUGCUGGCCCUUCGGCGACUACCAAGAAACCUACAGUCCGGCAGUCUGCCCGAGCGGAUGGACGUAUUAUAGCGUAGUUGGCGGUGACUACACCGAAACAGUAACCGAAAUAACAUCGCAUCCGGGGGCAUCCUCGGCGCACACGUCGACAUACUACACAAACCAACUUUCUGCCUACUGCUGUCCAAGCGGCUUCUCAAUGUCGGUCACAACAUGGUCGUUACCAUCCGGUGCUGAUCAUAUUUGUUCCCGCAGCAUCACGUCAGGCGAAAUGACGAUGAUCGUGACGAAUAAAACUGACGGCAGUGUCACCGUUUUUGACGGCUCGGCCACUCUCAUGAUACCCACACCAAUCACCAUUUUCUGGCAUACAACAGAUGCCUCAACGCUAACGCCCCAACCGCCAAACAUAGAGGGGUGGUCUUUCGCGCCGUCUUGGGUGCCAGGCCAACCCGUGACCACGUUCGACGUGCUUCAAUACGACGACUCGCCGGGAACCAACCGCCUUGCAACGGGCGUUUUUGCCGCCGUGAUUGCGGUCCCUAUCAUCAUGUUCCUCGCCAUCCUGGGCUGCUGCAUAUGCUGCUUCCGCAUGCGUCGUAGGCGUGAGAAGCUUGAAAUCGCAAAGGAGCACGAAGAGUCCCAGGCGUUGGCAGUGGAGACGUCAUCCACGCAGGAGCGCACCCCGAAUCAUUCUACAGAUGGUGGCACAGACACGGCAGUUGAACCAAGCCAGGGGAAUAACGCUGCUGCACCUGUGGCGCCCAUAACAGCAAGUUCGUCUGCAGAGACUCGCCAGCCGAGCGCGGAGAUACAGCGGGCUCCUCCGGAGGAACCGCCAAGAGAGACCAUCGUGGUACACUCCCUGUCCGGCUUCUCGAAACCUCCUUAUCCAGGGUUACCAUCGCAUGGAUUCGACGGAAUCGAGGAGCCGCCACCAUAUGCGGAGGCUGCACCCAGUUAUCCAAUACAAGACAGACCGCCAGCACCAUUACCAACCUCGCCGAUACAAGAGCACACCGAGAGCACGACACGACGCGAAAGCACAACUGUACCCGCAGUGUGA